AUGGAAGUUUACAUUGACGAUACGCUGGUCAAGUCAACACAGGCAGAAGAUCAUUUUCAACACUUGUUAGAUACUUUCGAGAUUCUCCGAAAAUACAAUAUGAAGCUAAAUCCAGAAAAAUGCGUUUUUGGCGUGGCUUCAGCCAAACCAAAAGACGAUGAAAGGCUUCUCAUUUAUCUUGUUGUGUCAGAAGUAGCGGUAAUGCGGUAUUGGUACGAGAGGAUAAAGGUUCUAGCAGAUUUUGUAGCGGAUUUCAGCAUGAAUUUAGUUCCUGAAGCAGAAAAGGAACUACAAGUAUUCACCGAAUCUGAUCCGAGGACUUGGACUUUAUUUACCGAUGGUUCUUCCAAUGUUAAAGGAGCGAGUUUGGAACUGGCACGAGAACUUGGUAUAGAGAAGAUUGUGAUCAAAAGUGACUCGCAGUUGGUGGUUAACCAGAUGCAGGGGACUUACGUGGAAACAGAAAUGUGA